UUUGCAAAUGAGAUUUGAAAGGCGGGAAAAUCAACCUGAAUUUAACGUUUAGAACAAAGUUUAAGUAGCACAGAGCACUUGCAGAAGAAGCGAGAGAGAGCAUUUGCAAGCAAGAAAGACUGGUGUGGUGUUAAUGGGGAAGGAGAAGAAAGAAGGAAGAAAGGCGGGUUGUAGUGUGGCUCAUGAAAGGCUUUCGCUCGAAAACUACGCGCAGAUUUAUGAUGAACUCCGCCACAAAAAAUCUCAGCUUCCCUCCACUUCACCCCGUCUCAACCGUCUCUUAACCAGGGAAAACAUUCGCCGGAUGUUGAAAAUACACGGAUUCUCCGCCUCUACAUUCAAAAAAGAAGCUUUGCUUGAGGGGCUUCAGGAUAUGGAAAUUUUUAAUCCGCAUCGGUCCAGUGCGGAUAUCGGGAAUUUUGACUGCGACCUGUCGACGGAAGAAAUGGAAAGAGAUUUGGAGAGUUUGGGAUGGGUGGAAUGUCCCUCAAAAUCAGUUAAUGGCUUCAUGCCUUUUCCACAGUCUUUAAUGUCCGCUCCAAACCCUGUGUUUACAAAGGUUUCCAAUUCAGAGAAGAAGAUUUCGAGUUUGUCGUCUAAACUUUAUGAAAAUGAGGGCUGCAAACAGUUGCUUUCCUUACAGUCCGCGACAACAACAUGCAUGCAGCAUCUUUCAAAGUCAGUCACUCAGAUAAUCAAUUCAGGGCCAGCGAAUGCAUCUGACGAGGAAAGAUUAGAGGUAGCAACGAGUUCAAGUGUGUCGUGUAAAUCAAAAGUUGACAACUCGGAUUCAAUUGCAGGCCUUUAAUUUGUUAGGGACAUUGGAAAAUAAAUUUUGAAAAUCACAGCAGGCUUCAAAGUUCAACACUGAACUGAGCUGUGUUGAUUUGAACAAAUAAAUUUAAGAUGCAUGCGAAGUUCUGGCAGACAUUUUUUAACCAUUUUUUAAAUUCAAAAAUCCCAGACGGUUUUCGUGUC